AUGUCCCUGACGCAUAUAACUUCCGAGAAACUUCAUCAAACACAACAAUGUACAAACAAUGUUCGGAAUAUUUGUAUCAUUGCUCACGUUGACCACGGUAAAACGACACUAUCGGAUUUUCUUGUUUCCAGUAAUGGAAUUAUUUCUACAAAUCUUGCAGGCAAAAUGAGAUAUAUGGAUAGCACAGCAUAUGAACAAGAAAAGCGAAUUACAAUGAAAUCCAGUGCUAUUUGUUUAUUGUAUCGCAGAAAGGAAGAGGCAUCUGAAGCAUCCUCUUCACAACAAUCUAAUUUAUCAACAACAACAACUACUUCUAAAGAUUACGUCAUUAACUUGAUUGACUCUCCAGGACAUGUCGAUUUCAGUAGCGAAGUAUCGACAGCAGCACGUCUCAGUGAUGGAUGUCUUGUCUUGGUUGAUGUUGUCGAGGGUGUUUGUACUCAAACAAGAACAGUUCUAGAACAAGCAUUCAGAGAACACAUUAAACCAUGCUUGGUUUUAAACAAAAUCGACCGAUUAAUUUUGGAAAAACAAAUGACUCCAAUGGAGGCUUACCGACAAAUGUUACACAUUUUGCAACAAGUCAAUGUUUUGAUGACAACAUUUGUGACUGCACAACUAUUUAAAAAAAUUAAUACAGAUGAAGAGUCACAGAAUAACAACAAGGAAAGAACUGAAAACAGUGAGGAUGCAACAAAAUCCACACAAGUGUAUUCAAAUGUGUUUGACGAGUAUCAAGUGGAUAGCAAUGAUUUCUUUUCCCCUCAAAAAGGAAACGUUUUGUUUGCUAGUGCUUAUGAUGGUUGGGGAUUUAGAAUUAACGAAUUUGCUGACUUAUUUGCCAAGAAGAUGGGAAUGAAUAAGAACACUCUACAACAGACAUUGUGGGGUGAUUGCUAUCUCAACGCUAAAAAGAAAACCAUUUCUAAAAAGCCACUACGUGACGACCAGCCCAACAUGUUUGUUCAAUUUAUCUUGCAAAACAUUUACAAUGCAUACGACUGUGUUUUAGUGAAUAGAGAUGAAGAGAAGAUUAAGAAAAUGAUUCAAUCGCUAGAGCUGAAUUUAUCAAAGGCAUUCCUCUCCAAGAAUGAUCACAAGACUCAAUUGAAAACAUUGAUGAAUCAAUGGUUGCCACUUUCAGACUCUAUUUUGGAAAUGGUAGUGACUAAAUUACCAAAUCCUCAAGAGGCACAAAGAGAACGUAUUUUGGAUUUGAUUCCAGAAUUGAAAACUGUGGAUGAAAAUGAAUCUGCUCAAGACAAUGUUCCACUGGAUGGUGUUGCCUCUGACAACAAGUUAUCGAAACUAAUUCAUGAAAUUAGAUCACAAAGAAGAAAGUUAAAGAAGAAUUUAUUGGAAUGUGACAAGAGUGAUAACGCAGAAGUCAUGAUCUUUGUUUCUAAAAUGUUUGAGGCAGAUGAGCUGCCAACACAAGGAGGAUCUUCAUCCAAGAUCGAUCACAUUCAACUCCAACGAGAACGAUUGAAAAAGUUGAGAGAAGAGAGAUUGAAGCAAAGGAGCAUGCAAGGUCAAACAUCACUUGACACAUCUGAAACAAGCGUAUUGGACGAGCAACAACAAGAUCAGCAACAACAGACGACGUUAUCUGAGGCCACUUCUACGAGUGAAUCCAGCAAUGCGGAUGAUGAGCAAAAGAAGUCAGUUUCCUUUGAAUUGCCACCUUCCUACACGAACACGAGCGAAGGCGACGAUGAAGAAGAAGGAGGCACGAAUGGUGCAACCUCAACAGCAGCCAUUACUACCAACAAGUUAGUGGCAUUUUGUAGAAUUUUCAGUGGAACGAUCCGAGUUGGACAAACAUUACACAUUCUUGGCCCAAGAUACAAUGCAUCUUCUCCCAACGAAGAUCGCACUGAAUUCAAAGUGGAAAGAUUAUAUCUUCUCAUGGGUAGAGGAUUGGAGUGUGUGGACAGUGUUGCUGCUGGUAACGUAUUUGGAAUGGGAGGAGUUGGAAAACACAUUCUCAAAACAGCCACCAUCUCCUCAAGUAUUUAUUCACCCAUCUUCUCUUCCAUGUACAUUCAAUCCAUUCCCAUUGUCAGAUUUGCCAUUGAACCUAAAAAUUUAAUGGACAUGCCCAAACUUGUCCGUGGAUUGAAAUUAUUGAAUCAAGCAGAUCCCUCUGUUGAGGUUCUCGUUCAAGAAACUGGAGAGCAUGUGAUUGUUACGGCUGGUGAAGUCCAUGCAGAACGUUGCAUUCGAGAUUUGAAUGAGAAAUUUGCCAAAGUACCCAUCACAGUCUCUCCUCCAUUGGUGAGUUUUAGAGAAACGAUUGUAGAGCCACCUCAAAUUCUUACGACUGAGAGUGGUGCUGGAGUAUCUGCCUCCUCAAACUCACAACUUCCUUCUAUUGCCAAAAAGAAAACAGCAAAUAAGAAGUGGACCAUUCUCAUUAAGGCCAUUCCUCUCCCAGACAACAUUGCAUCGUUUAUUGACAAGCAUAGAGAUGACUUGAGAGCUUACUUUUCACAUCAUGAUUUGAAGAGAACUGCAGUCUUUGUCACUUCUGAAGUCAUUGAUCAAUUGAGAAUGGAAUUUGUGAAAGCCGGAAAACAAUGGGAACAGGAAUGGGAGAAUUUGUGGUGCUUGGGCCCUCGACGUAUUGGCCCAAAUAUUCUUUUGAAUCACAUUAGUGAUUACAGAGCUCCAUACUUUGAACCAUUGCAUAAGCAAAUUUCAAACAUGUUGUUAUCGAGUGGUGUGAAGCACAAUGAAACUCCAAAUGAUGACAAGACCAUGAGUAACUUGGAGGAAGCAAAAGAAAAGGACCCUCAUUCCAUAAUGACACUCUCAACCACUUUGGCAACACCAUCCACAACACUCACUCCUGAACAACAACAGCGAGUGGAAUUAUUGAAACAGUACGAUCAUUCAUUCAUUUCUGGUUUUCAAUUAGCAACAGCAUCUGGACCCUUGUGUGACGAGCCCAUGUAUGGAGUAUGUUUUUGUGUAGAGGAUGUGAUUUUUGAAGAGAAGGAUACUGUACAGGGAUCUUCACCUUCGCAUGGCUCUGUUUCACCACAAGUGAACACUAAUGAUACAUCGAUUUCACCAAGUGCUCAACAAUCAACAGAGAUGAAUACUGCUCUCACUUCUCCUCAAUCCAUAACUCAGGUCACAGACUAUAGUCAAAAUGAUGUUGGAGGUCCAUUUACAGGUCAAAUUAUGAGUGCUGUGAAAAGUGCAUGUCGUAAAGCAUUUGAUUCAAGCCCAAGAAGACUUGUCGAAGCCAUGUAUCAUUGUGAAAUUCAAGCAACCAAUGAAAGUGUUGGCUCCGUGUGUGACGUAUUACGAAGACGUCGUGCCAAGAUUUAUUCCGACGACAUGGAGGAAGGAAGUAAUUUAUUCAUUAUUCAAUGUUAUUUACCUGUUGCUGAAAGUUUUGGAUUUGCUGAAGAAUUGAGAACAAAAACAAGUGGUGCUGCUCAACCUCAAAUUGCCUUUUCACAUUGGCAAAUUUUGGAAGUGGAUCCAUUCUAUGUUCCAACCACAGAGGAUGAAUUGGAAGAGUGGGGAGAAAGAGGACUUGCAAAUAUACCAAAUAUUGCUAAGCAAUACAUUGAUCAAGUGAGAAAGAGAAAGGGAUUAAUGUUGGAUAAGAAGAUUGUGGAAUUUGGAGAAAAACAACGAACACUUUCCAAGAAGAAGUAA